AUGGCUGUUCCUAAAGACGUCACCCCUGCACUGCGUGUAGCGGUAGUUGGUAUAGGCUUUGGUGCCGAGUUUGUUCCAAUUUAUCAAGCCCAUCCAAGAGUUGCGUCGGUAGCUCUAUGCGACACAGACCCCAUUGUACUGGAAAAUGCUUCGGAGAACUUCAAGAUAGCGGAGGUCUACACAAGCCUUGACGAUGUUUUGGCUGAGCAACAUAUCGAUGCCGUACACCUCGUCACGCCGAUCCCACAGCACGCGAAGCAAACUAUCCAAGUCCUGCGAUCAGGCAAGCACUGCGCUUGUACGGUACCAAUGGCGACCUCAAUCGAAGAUUUGGAGGCUAUAAUUGCAGCCCAGAAAGAGUCGGGAAAGACCUACAUGAUGAUGGAGACUGCCGUCUACACGCGAGAAUUCCUCAUGGUUCGAGAUCGUUACCAGCGCGGUGACUUCGGUUCCAUCUCCUUCGCCCGUGGUGGCCAUAUGCAAGACAUGGAAAACUGGCCCAGCUACUGGAAGGGACUGCCUCCUCAUCACUACAUGACUCACGCUAUCUCUCCAAUUCUAUGCCUCCUGGGCAAGCAGGUCGAUAAAGUCCACUGUUUUGGGUCUGGCCAACUCCCGCUAUCUCAUCAGGCACAGUACAGUAAUGCCUUCCCCGUCGAAACUGCUAUCUUUCGGCUGGAUGAUAGCCCAGUUGCAGUCGAGGUCACCCGGGCAUUGUUCAAUACUGUACGCCCAUAUAGCGAGUCCUUUGCAAUAUACGGGGACAAACUAGGCUUUGAGUGGCAGCAGAUCGAGGAAGAGAAGCCCCUCAUCUUCUGUUUGCCUCCUUCCAUUAAUCGUCGUAACCGGGAUAUUGAGCAUGAAGCAGUUGAGCCGGCAGACCGGGCCGAUUUACUUCCUCCUGAGCUUGGUCGCUUCACCCAGUCGGCGGUCUUUGAGGACGGAAACCAUCUUUCAUUUGUGCAAGGAAGUGGCCAUGGGGGAUCUCAUCCUCACCUCGUACACGAAUUUGUGACCAGUAUCCUCCAGGGGCGCAAGCCAGUCAUCGACGCCAUUGUUGGUGCCCAAUGGACAGCACCGGGUAUUGCAGCACAUCAGUCGGCCAUGGAAGAUGGUAAGGCUGUAAAAGUGGCCAAGUUCACUUAG